ACCGGGGGGAAAGCAUUAAGCAUGAUGUUAUUAAACUGAAAAUGUCAAUAUCCACGCGUAGAUUAAUAUUUUCCAUCUACAAAAGAACCGCACCCACCACCACCAAUAAAAAAUGGUGCAGUACAUCCCCCCCUACGCCAGUGCCAAUCAUACGACGAAAGGGAAAAGGCGACAGGGAAAUGUCCAGUCCAUUCAUAGACAAGAAGCAAGUGAUUGCAACUGGUGGUUCAGGUGGUGAUGGGUGUAUCGCAUUUUCACGUAUAUUUGGAAAUGAAUUUGCUGGUCCAGACGGUGGCGAUGGUGGCAGUGGGGGUCACGUCAUCUUUAAAGCCACCUCUGCAAUAAAUUCUUUAUCUCAUUUACCUUCAAAAAUAGAAGGUGAACCUGGUGGCGCUGGUCGUGGUUCUAAUUGCACGGGAGAAAAUGGAACCCACACGAUAAUCCCUGUGCCGUUGGGAACGAUGAUAAAAACGAUGCCACCAAACUCUACUUUAAUCUCGGAUUUAAGUCUGGACGAGCAAUUUUUCGUUGCUGCGAAAGGUGGCGGAGGUGGAAAAGGGAACAAAUUUUUCGCAUCGUCACAAAAUCAAAGCCCAGAAUUGGCAGAAUUUGGUGGCAAAGGAGAAAGCAAUACAUUUUUGCUGGAAAUGUCCAUCAUUGCCGAGUUUGGACUGGUUGGUUAUCCGAAUGCGGGGAAAAGCACGCUGUUAAGAGCAAUUAGCAGAGCACGGCCAAAGGUUGCCUCCUAUGCUUUCACCACGUUACGACCCCACGUGGGAGUCGUCUUCUUCAACGACAUGGAGAGAGUGACGGUUGCCGACAUCCCCGGAUUAAUUCCUGACGCUCAUAGGAAUCGGGGCUUGGGAAUCGCUUUCCUUCGUCACAUCCAGCGCUGUAUUUGUUUAAUUUACGUGAUUGACUUUUCACAACCGGACCCACUCGACCAAUUUGACUCGCUCCACCACGAAUUGGAACAAUACGACCCGAAAAUGAUUGAAAAAACGUUUAUUAUUUUAGCAAAUAAAUUAGACACCGAUUUUGCCAAAGAGAAUUUUCAAAAAUUUAAGUCUGACUUCCCACAAGAAAUACUGCCAAUUUCAGCCAAAUUCUCUUUCGGGUUAAAAGAAUUAUUAGUUAAAAUUAGAGGGAUUUCAGAUUCUAGGAAAAAAGCGAGUGCAGUCGAUUUAGUUUAUAAUCCCGUCAGAGAGGAAAGUACGGGGCCUGUUAAAUGGAGGUGAUUUAAUAAAUUGUUUAAAUACUGGAUAACUAAUUUUCUCAUGAAUUUGAGGCAAUUUGAGACAAACUUAUCUCAGAAAAAUAAACGGUCAAUGCCAACAAAUUAUUAA